AUGUUGAUGUGUACGAUGCUCCAUAUCUUGAUACGUACCUGCCCAGUGGAUGGAUUAUCUUGUAUCUUUUAUUUGUUGCAUGAAUAUUUUGUUAAGUGGACUGUAUAUCGGUCUCUAGAUGAGACUAAUUUGCUGACUACUUUGCUGGUUCUAGGCCUUUUAAUUCAGGCCAGAUGUUGUGAAUGUGUCUUUUGUAAUGAGCAGGCUGAAAGAGGAAGUCUGGUGUUAUGUAAAUCAGGAAAUGAGUCUUUUAAUAGCAGAUACUUUGAAUACAAGAACUUUACAUGGCAGGACCUGAUGCAGAUCAGUUAUCAACAGCAGCAACAAAUUGAGAUUAAGAAACUACGACAGGGAGAUCAUCUGAUCCUGGGCUUCAGCAUCGGAGGAGGGAUAGACCAGGAUCCUGGUCAGAACCCUUUCUCUGAGGACAAGACUGACAAAGGUAUCUAUGUGACCAGGAUAACACCGGGAGGACCAGCAGAGGCGGCAAACUUGAUGAUGGGAGACAAAAUAUUGCAGGUGAACGGCUGGGAUAUGACCAUGGUGCCCCAUGACAAGGCUCGUAAAAGACUAACAAAUAAAAAGGAGGAUGUGGUACGACUACUGGUAACCAGAAAGACACUGGAGGAAGCUGUCAAGCAUUCCAUGGGUUACCCCAACCAAUGCCACUGAGACACUACACUUCCAAAGCAAUCGCCAACGACUGAACACACUCUGAUUAUCUGAUUAUCCCACAAAUCCAGAUGAUGUUUGCACCAACUACCACACCACAGACACCAGACAGGGUUUAGAUGACAUAUUCAGAUGCCUGAAGCUGCACAAGUCAGUGUUUGACAACCAUCACAUCAUCAAUUUCCUUUUGAGUUUUUUUUACAUUUAGCAUAUCCAUAUGUAACUUUCUGAAUCAUAUACAGAGAAUAAUCUCUGAAUAAUAAUACAGAGAUUUAUAGCAAGUCAGUAAAUCCACCUCUGCUGUCCAGUUAAUUGUAAGCAGAAAAAUAACAACACUUGCUGAGGUUUUUGUAUUGUGUGCACUCAAAGUUAAUGCCACAGACAAUUCCUGUGAUUCCUGUUUGUUUGAAAAACCGCAAACUCAUCUUUUCCUCCUACAUUUUACCUAAUAUAGCUUUAAUCAAGAACAUUCAUUGCUGUUAAGCAUUUUAUUCAAUUUAAAUCAAAUGCAAAAUACCUCAAAACAAAAAAGCCUCAAAACACUCAAGUAUGUGAUUAAAAUAUGAAAAGAAUGUUUAUCCUCAUGUUUGUUUUUCCAUUUUUACAAAAGAGGAAAUUGUCUACUUUUUUGGCCCAAUUUCCUCUAUGAUGUUAAAAGUG